GAUGAAAUUAGUGGGCGCUGCGACGAGACUGCUCAGCGCAUUGAUCAUGCAGACACUAAUGAACGAAAGAAACUGUGCUUCGCAGAUGCAAAGCAAAAGAUGGACACGAAGGAGCCCAAUUUGCCAGCCCUUGAGCAGUCUAGCAUCGAGGCUCGUGUGGCAGAGGCUCUUCUUGUUGGGCAGGAGAGCAGCGAACAAAUCUCUUCUUCCCAUGAAAGUACUGAGCAUAGCUCAAGACGGUUAAUUGCUUCUGCCACGAUUGAAGCUGUCGAUCGUGAUGGAGAGCAGGGCACUGCAGCAGCAGCCGAAGACUAUGAUAUCAGAGGAGAACAGUCAGAUUCGGGACAUCUGGACGAUAGUAGUUUGAAAAUCAAAGACGAUACCAGUGAAUGUAAUCCUCUCACCGUUGAGAAGAGACCGGUUGAUCAAAUUCCGAUAGUUCAAGGUGAUGAAGGAUUGGCAGUCGAAACUUCAAUCCAGUCUGGAUGA